UUCAACUCCCACACAACAACAAACAAUGGCCAUACCUCUAGGCUUUCUUGAGCUCAUCCUCGCAGCUAUAUGCUACAUCUCUUUCUCUAUGUUCCGUCAACGGCACGUAAAAGUUUACGAGUGGCCGCUUCUUGGGAUGCUUCCGUCCCUGGCUCGUGAGGUUGGAAGAAUCCAUGAACGCUGCGAAGAGCUUCUUCGGGCGACCGGUGGCACCUUCUUGUUCAAAGGUCCAUGGUUCCUCCAUAUGGACAUGAUGGUCACAGUUGACCCAUCUGAUGUCCACCACAUCAUGAGCUCCAAGUACUUCAAUUUCCCGAAAGGCAACGAAUUUCGGGAAAUAUUUGAAGUCCUUGGAGACGGGAUCUUCAAUUCUGAUUAUGAUUUGUGGCGUAGACAUCGAAAGAUUACGCAUGCUUUGAUUAAUAAUCAAAGGUUUGUAAGGUUCUUGGCCAGGAUGAACUAUGAAAAACUGGCUAGGGGUUUGAUACCGGUUCUUAACCAUGUGGCCUCAAAAGGGGUGGUUGUGGACAUGCAAGAUGUGUUCCAAAGGCUUACUUUCGACACAACUUGUAUGUUCGUAACUGGAUACGACCCCGAGUGUCUAUCACUCGAUUUUAAAGACGUACCAUUCUCACGAGCCUUGGAUGAGGCCGAAGAAGCCAUUUUUGCACGUCAUGUUGUUCCAAAAAGCGUGUGGAAACUACAAAGGUGGCUAGGGUUUGGGAAUGAAAAGAAACUGAAGCAUGCAUGGGACACGUUAGACGAUGUGAUCGGCGGUCUUAUCGCGAGAAAACGAAAAGAUAUGAUGGACGGGAUGGUAUCCGAGGACGAUGCCAAGGGGGUGGACAUGUUGACGUCGUUGAUGACAGAUCAACUAUAUAGUGAUGGGUUCAAACAAGACGAUAAGUUUUUAAGAGACACUAUCUUGAACUUGAUGAUUGCUGGGAGGGACACAACAAGCUCGUCACUAACAUGGUUUCUGUGGCUUGUUGUGACCCACCCGAGCGUUGAGAAAAAGAUUAGAGAUGAAAUAAAUACAGUUAUUCCCGAGUCUCAACUCGGGAAACCACGAAUUUUUGAAGCCGAAGAAUCGAACAAAUUGGUUUAUUUACAUGCUGCAUUUUGUGAAGCGUUAAGACUCUACCCACCUGUUCCGUUCCAACAUAAGGCUCCGAUUAAACCUGAUAUUCUUCCUAGUGGCCAUGGUGUUGAUCCAAAUAUGAAGAUUAUGUUUUCAUUGUACGCAAUGGGAAGAAUGGAAACGAUUUGGGGCGAAGAUAGUUGUGAAUUCAAGCCAGAGAGAUGGAUCACCGAGAAAAAUAUGAUAAGGCAUGAGCCAUCGUAUAAGUUCUUGGCGUUUAAUGCUGGCCCUCGGACAUGCAUCGGGAGACAAGUCGCCUUCACUCAAAUGAAAGCCAUAGGUGCAACGAUUCUUCACAAUUACAAUUUUGAAAUGGUUAAAGAUCAUAUCGUUGCACCUAAUGUUUCAAUUAUACUUUACAUGAAACAUGGUUUGAAAGUUAGGGUUACAUCAAGAUGGCCUUGAUUUGGAAGAGUAGGUGAUUAAUUUCUAUAUCAUUAUGUUUGGUUAUUUAAAAAAAGAUUAAAAUAAACGUGAUGGUUCGUUUUACUUUUAAAUCAAAUACAAAAUUAAAAAUGGUGAACAUCACUCGUGGUAUUUACGUCCAAACAUACAAUGAUACAAAGUCUUACAUAAUAUAUAGUGCUUCUUUUGUAUUAGUACAAGGACAAUCAUUAGUCAAACUUAUAAGUUAACUAGGGUUGUAUGAACCAUUGCGUGAGUUAUGUUAUAAGAUAUUGGAUCAACUUAUUGUAA